AUGGGUAUUCCCUCUUAUCUCUCUAUUUUGUGCUAUGUGCUAUGUGCUAUGUGCUAUGGAAGUAAAUGGACUGACGAUGAUAGUAAAUACAAGAUACCGCGGUGCCAGAACGGCCAUGCGUACCUGACCUCGCACCGGAUAUGCUAUAUCGACCUGGAGGAGCCCCGCGGGUGCUCAGUGGGCAUCAACCUCAAGGACGUCGACCGCGUCGAGUUUCAGGUCGCUAACUUGCUUUCCAACUGCCAGGCCCGGUUUCUGCGCUCGUCGCCCAAGCUCAGUCUGCUGCCGCGGAGACGGGCGGCUCCAGGAUCUAGUUAUACAGCGCCUACGGGACCAGGCUUGGCUACAGCGUCUACCAAUAUCAAGAGUGAAGCGAGGACGGCGACGUGGGUGUGUCCGAUCUGCUCGUUUGCGAACCCGGUGCCAUCCAACUUCGACCCUGCGCUGGCUGCGUCGACGGCCAUCCCGCCGUGUCUGGCUUGUGGCAUCAGGCCGCCCUUGACCACUCUUCUCAAAGCAGCCAUCACCGCUUCGACCGCUGCCACUGCCAGUUCUACUUCUACUUCUACUUCUACUAAUUCGUCCUCCUCGUCUAAGAUAUGUCCGAGGUGUACGUUUGCCAAUCAUCCGUGGCUGCAAGGGUGCGAGAUUUGCGGUGCCGGGCUGGGUGGGAACGGGAACGGGAGCGGUGGCCUGACCGGAGCUGGAGCAGUAGCAGGAGCUGGAGCUGGAGCUGGAGCUGGAGCAGGAGUUGGAACGGCGGCGGCGGCGUCUCGGACUGACUCGCCAGCGCCGUUUGGGCCAGCGUCGCGACUGGAAGGCAGGGAGAUCGGGGAGUGUGUCAAGCUCUCCUUUCGAGCCGGCGGGGAGAAGGUGUUCCACGAGCGACUGAGGGGGGCUCUCGUCCAGCGCAAGUGGAUUCUCCAGGACGCUCCUCCGGUGCCCAAAGCUGGUUCUGGUUCUGGUGGUCCUGGUUCGGGUCUUGGUUCUGGUGUUGGUUUUGGUACUGGUACUGGUACUGGUACGACUGGUGCGACUGGCGUGAUUCCAGGCGCAACUGGUACUACUGGUACUACUGGUACUGCUGGUGCAGGUGAUAGUAAUGUUGGCGGUGGUGUUGGCGGUGUUGGCGGUGUUGGCGGCGGUGGUGGUACUGCUAGUGGUACGGCCGCUGGCAUCGCAGGCCUAGAGCGCCGUGGACUGGAGGCCCGACGCAACAACGAGGCAGUGAUCGGAGGAGCGUUUGAGGAUCUGGAGGCGCUGAUGGCGUCUGCCCGCGAGGUUGUGGCGCUGGCCGAGACGUUUGCCCGAGAGCGACGAAACGACGCCGGUGUCACAGACGAGGUCUCGCAGUCUGCCGCCGCCCUCGGGAUGAUCACCACCAAGCAGCUGCUGGGCCAGUCCGCUGCCUCUGCGUCUUCGUCGUCGUCGUCGACCACGGCGAGCCUGUACGUGACGGAGCUGUCUCGCAACCUGGCCGAGUACCUGACGGACGAGCGAGAGGGCCUGCUGCGACGAGCGGGCGGGAUCAUGAGCCUGGUGGACGUGUGGGCGGCCUUUAACCGAGCCCGCAACGGCGUCGAGCUUGUGAGCCCGCGAGACUUUCACUCAGCGGCCGAGCAGUGGGAGGUGCUCCGCCUGCCAGUCCGCCUGCGCCGGUUCAGGAAGAGUGGUCUGCUGGUCGUGCAGCGGGCCGACUGGACGGACGAGAAGACCUUGCAGCAGCUCUCUGCCUGGCUCAACCAGUUACACAGUACAUCGACUUCUACUUCUACGACGACGACGACGACGACGGGCUCCUGGUUUGGCCGGGGCGUGACUGCGCAGGAAGCCGGCGAGCGCUUUGGCUGGAGUCUCGGGGUGGCCAGCGAGGAGCUCGAGAUGGCAGAGGAAAGGGGCCUGCUGUGUCGCGAGCAGGGCGUCGAGGGCCUCCGCUUCUGGCUGAACCACUUCUAG